CGUCCUUCCCAGAGCUGCGUCUCUGGAUCACUGAAGCCCCGAGUUGACGGGAGGUAAUCCCCACCAUGUGAGUGGGCGGUGCGGGUACCGGAGGCGUGCUGGGCUUUUUUUUUUUUCUUCUUUCUUUCUUUCUUCUUUUUUUUUUUUUUUAUUCAAAUGCUCCUGUACCUAUAAAAAGAGUGCCUGUCUGCGUCAGAUAGUUUUCUCCAAUGGCUAAAGGUGACUAAAAUAUUAGUUGUGUCAGUCUCGUCCUAUCGGCUAUAGGGGAUAGGAGAUGAUGGACGACUCCGGCGGUCUCCAAAUGGCUCGGGCGCUGAAGCACGCAGCGCUGUGCCUGAUGCUGCUGCCCCGGUUCCUGCUGGCCGCCGUCAUGAUGUGGCUCCUGGAUUUCUUGUGCAUCAGGAGAAAAGUGCUGCUGAAAAUGGGCGAGAGGCAGGACGGCCCGGACGACCCGCCGGUGUGCGUCUCGGACUCCAACAAGAUGUGCACCCUGGAGUCCCUGCGGGCCGUGUGGCACGGCCAGAAACUGGACUUUCUCAAAUCGGCGCACGUCGGGCGCGCUGCGCCCAACACCGAGGUGGUGCUGCUGCAGGAGCGGCGGCGCGUCCGACUGCUGGACUGCACGAAAGGGAAGAGACCGCUCAUCCUCAACUUUGGCAGCUGCUCCUGACCGCCGUUCAUGACGCGCCUGGCCGCGUUUCAGCGCGUCGUGAGCCAGUACGCGGACAUUGCGGACUUUGUGGUGGUGUACAUCGAGGAGGCGCACCCCUCGGACGGCUGGGUGAGCUCCGACGCGCCGUACCAGAUCCCCAAGCACCGCUGCCUGGAGGACAGACUCCGAGCCGCGCGGCUGAUGCUCUCCGAGGUGCCCGGGAGCAACGUGGUGGUGGAUAACAUGGACAACUCCUCCAACGCCGCGUACGGAGCCUACUUUGAGAGACUUUACGUGGUGAGGGAUGAGAGGGUGGUGUACCAGGGGGCCAGGGGCCCGGAGGGAUACCGGAUAUCCGAGCUUAAAGUCUGGCUGGAGCAAUACAGGAGCGAGCUGAUGGAGAAUCCCCAAACUGCGGUCGUCCAUGUGUAGCUGAACGAUGCUGAACUUGCCUGCUGCUCAUGCCCAUUUCCACAUAAGUGUCCAACCCACAGUGCAAAACAUCCAAUAUGCUCAGUACUCGACUUGUAAAAAAAAAAAAAAAAUCAGGGGGGAUGGUGGAUUUUAUCAUAUUGGGACAGAUAAUUUGUGCUGAUUAAAGUAAAAAAGUAAAAAAAGAGUAAAAAAAAUCUUAUUACACUUAAAACAAGACUCGUCACUGGAA